CAUAUGUCACGUAGUAAUAUUAAUAAUUUGCAAAGCUGUUUUUCACCAGUAUUAUGGAUGUUCAGGGCACCAUCAGUUAGAAUGAUGGCAUCUCAGUCUCCACCUCGCCUUCCACCCUUGUCAUUGCCUGAGGCCUUGAGCCCUCAGAGUGAUUCAAACUCCAGCAGCACUGGAACGCCCCAUCCAGGUUCUACUCCAGGGGUGGGGGAGUUGGUCAUUACCUCACCGUCUUCGAUCAAUCAAGCCCUGAACAGCCCUGAGGGGAUUACCUGCUUUGGCAAUGAGCGGCUGUUUCUGCUGGAACAGGCUAAACUGUGCAACAACAAGAAGUUGAGUGAUGUCACUCUGGUCGUUGGCGGAAUCAAAUAUUACGCUCACAAAAUAGUCCUGGUGAUGGCAAGUGAGGUGUUUGAAAGUAUGCUUACUGGAGAAUGGAGUGAUUCAGGCAAAAAGGAGCUAGAGCUUAUUGAAGAGCCAAUAUGUGUUGGCGUGUUUUCCCGGUUCCUACAGUUUCUAUACGGCUGCAGUAUUCGCCUCAACAUGGAGAACUCCCUCCCAAUCUUUGUCCUCGCUGACAAGUACGAUGUAAAGGACCUUCAGGUGGUGUGCACAAAUUUUGCUUGCACAUACAUCAUCCCAAAGUUACAGCUGAAGGAUGUGUUCCAUGUGUGGUUCCAAUACGCCACCAAGUGCAUGCACAGGAUACUUGUGCUGGCAUGUAUUAAGGCCAUGGCAGAAAAGAUGGAUGAAAUCAUUGGUUCGUUGGACUGGGAACAAGAGUGGACCGGGCUGGACAAAUAUCAGCUGAUAGAGUUCCUUGACAGCUCUGACCUCAAGGUCAAGGAUGAGUUUGACCUUUGGAAGGGAACCGUCAAGUGGCUCACCCACCCGGGAAACACUGAGAGGGUAGAUAAUCUGGAAAAAAACCUUCGCGAUGUCCUCCCUUACAUAAGAUUUCCCAUGCUGACUGCGGAGCAGAUAUACGAGGUAGAGAAUUGCAAGCUGGCUCAGAAUUUCCCAAGCUUACUGCAGAAGUACCUGAUGUCAGCUUACAAAUACCACGCUCUACCGCUAUCCAUGAGAGCGUGCGUCAGAGAGUUCAAUGGGGCCAGCUUCCUACUGCGGAACUACAGUGAUCUUCGCUGGGAUUGUCGGUUCAAGGUCCAGAAUUAUUCCCAGUGUAGCAAAGGAGAGGAGAAGGGUAUCAGAUUUUCCACCCGAGCUUCGUCCUAUCCCUCUCAAACUUGGGAUUGGGAACUCAAGAUAUACCCCAAGGGUAUCUCGUCAACCUCCGACGAUUUCAAGGUCGUCUUAUACUCGAAUCUCAUCCUUGAUCAACCGAGGCCCAUGGAAUAUUUGCUCUCACUUGUCUCGAAGGAUGAGGUGAUCCAUUCAGUGUGUGGGAAGAAGAAUUUCUCGAAGACUCGAUACAUGAUUGACACAGAACUGGAUAAGAAGGUCUCACUGGCAGAUUUGGCCCAGUCAGACUCUCCGUUACUUGUUGACGACUGUCUCAUACUGCAGAUUACUCUCAAGCCCGCUGAAUAGAUACAUGUAAGGGCUUAGCCAUUGAACACCAUAGAAUCUAAUUUCUUAGUUAAUGGUUCAUUGAAUUUUUAAAAUUCAUGGUAUAGGAUAUUUAUCAAGGAUUAAGAAUUUCCAAGAAUAUAUGUAUUGUGCUUGUAGAUAUUUUUCAACAUAUAGGUUUCUCACUAUUUGGACUUGUAUGAUUAACUUGUCUUGUAAGGGACCUAAGGGUCCUACAUCAUGAACCUGCAUUAGCGAAGUACUAUAAUAAGUUAAUAACUACACAUCUUUAAAGAGACUUGCUGUUAAUAACUACACAUCUUUAAAUAGACUUGAUGUUAAUAACUACACAUCUUUAAAGAGACUUGCUCUUGCUUUAUAGUGUUGGACAUUGAAAAAAAGUUUUGGCUUAAAUCUAAUAUGAGGUCUUUUUUUUCAAUUAUUUUUGUUUUGGCCAAUUUCAGGAGUCUUUAAAUAGGUGAUGCCAUAACUGGAUCAGCUGAACAGGAAAUUGAAUAUUUCGCUAGAUUUAAAAUUUGGGGCAUAUGAUAGAUUUUUAAAAAUAAACAAUUGCAAAAUUUAAACAAUAUAAGUAUCUUUCAUGGCCGAUAGUGUAAGAUAGGUUCAUCCCAACCCUCAAGAAGGGUGUUUUGCGGAAACUAAGUAAACCUCGUUUCUGCAAAACACCCUAUGCUUGCGUCGGAAUGAACCUUUCUUAUACUCUCGGCCAUGGAAGAUACUUAAAAUCUUAAUUGUUGUUUUGUGUAUGGUAGCAGAGUUACAACAGAUGUUGUUUUACAUGUUGUUUAUACCAUGUUAAGUGUUCAGUCAUUUGCGCUUGAAAUGUAAAAGACAAUCACAUCCUUUAAGUGUUGUUGUUUGGGCAUUUACAGUUGUUAAGUCUUUCAUCUCCACAUUCUCAUGUUUGUCUGUUGUUGUUUUUGUAGAAAAUAGAUAGAACAAUUGUAAUAGACUUGGUGUUGUUGUGGUCAGCAUUGUUGGUGUUGUGGUCAGCAUUGUUGGUGUUGUUGUGGUUAAAAAACUUGAACCUUGGCCGUUACUCUGCAAUACAAGAUAUUCCAAUGAAACUUGGUACACCUAUUUGAGGGGACAAUACCCAUAUUUAUAGCAAGGCCCAUAACUCUGACUGCAAUAGUCAAGUUGUGCCCCUUGUUUGAGCGAAAUCAACAGACUGGUGUUGGUGUUCACAUCGCAAUGUUCUUGUUGUUUUCUUUGCUUUUUUUCAUUGUAUUUUUGAAACUACCGGUAGUAUUAUUUGGAGAAGAUUAUAAGAAUACUUUGUUUAUUGAUUUUAAAAUUAUUUAGAAAAUGUCUACUUAGUAUGUAUAAACUUUUGUUUUUAUAAUGAUCUGACUGGUGUUAUAUUAUUUACUUUUGUUUAAAUUGCAUAAACAUUCAACAUUUACACAAGUAUGAUGGCUUGCAUGAUUUUUAUUGAAUUUGUUGCAAGGUGAUUUACAAGAGAUACAAUGGUUGUGCUUUUAAACAUUCCAAUUCCAUUUCUGUUCUUGAUUGUUGAUGUUGAAAUGUAGAGUAUUAUUACAUAGUUAUAAAGUAUGAGUUUAUAGUCUUACAUUUAUGAAUAAUGGGACCAUUUAUGAUCUUAUCAAAGUAUGUAUCAUACAAAAUAAUGGUGCCAUUUAAUCAAUUCCUGUAUCAUACGGAAUAAUGGAGCCAUUUUAUCAAUACCCCUAUCAUACAUAUACAUAAUAAUGGGGCCAUCUGAUCAAUGCCAGUAUCAUACAGGGUCAUCUCAUCAACAUUUGUAUCAUACCGAAUGAUGAGGCCAUCUGAUCUAUGCCCGUAUCAUACGGAAUAAUGGGUCAUCUAAUCAAUGCAUGUAUCAUACGGAAUAAUGGGCCAUCUGAUCAAUGCAUGUAUCAUAUGGAAUAAUGGGGCCAUCUGAUCAAUGCAUGUAUCAUACGGAAUAAUGGGGCCAUCUGAUCAAUGCAUGUAUCAUACGGAAUAAUGGGGCCAUCUAAUCAAUGCAUGUAUCAUACGGAAUAAUGGGCCAUCUGAUCAAUGCCCGUAUCUUACAAAAUAAUGGGGCCAUCUGAUCAAUGCAUGUAUCAUUCAAAAUAAUGGGGCCAUCUGAUCAAUGCAUGUAUCAUACGGAAUAAUGAGGGCCAUCUGAUCAAUGCAUGUAUCAUACGGAAUGAUGGGGCCAUCUGAUCAAUGCCUGUAUCAUACAGAAUAAGGGGGCCAUCUUAUCAAUGCAUGUAUCAUACGGAAUAAUGGGGCCAUCUGAUCAAUGCAUGUAUCAUACGGAAUGAUGGUACCAUUUUAUCAAUGCAUGUAUCAUUAGGAAUAAUGGGGCCAUUUUAUCAAUGCCCGUAUCAUAUGGAAUAGUGGAGCCAUUUUAUAAAUGCAUGUUGCAUACAAUAUCUCUAUUUCAUAUUAAGUUGAAUUUAUACUUUGUAAUAAAUAUAAUAUCUUUAUUGAAACUGUGAGCUUGAUUGGUCAGUUUAGGCUUAACUUCAUUGGUCAGUUCAGGCAAAGUGUAUUUGAUUUUGCAAGUAAAACAUUCAAUUUGAUUGGUUACACUCAAAAAUUAUUUAGCUGAACUUGUUCUUACAGUAUGGUGAUGGAUGGUCUUGUUGUUUUUCACAUGCUGCAAAAUGGUGCUUUGGGUGUGGUAUUAUUAUCUAUUGUGUGAAAAUGUUUUUUUGCUUAUAUGUUAUGGGUUUUACCAACAGCAGUUUAACAAAACUUAUAUAGAUCUGGACAUGGAGGCCAUGCUUGUGAAUGGUAUAACGUGUGUUCGAUACUUUUUAACCAGGUAUAAUGUGUGUUCGAUACUUUUUAACCAGGUUUUCAACGAAAACCGGGUUAUUAGAAUGAGGUUGUCGUUGGGCGGGCGGGCGGGCGUCAAACAUUGGUUUCUGUUCAAUAAAUUUAGUUAGCAUUGAUACAUAUUGAAGAAACUUGGUGUGUAGGUAGCUUAUGUGAAGAGCUAGCUUGGGAUUGCUUUUGAGGGGGGUGGGGCUAAGGUCAAUUUCACUGUUACUAAAAAUAGAAAAAUGGUUUCUGCCCAAUAACUUUAGUUAGCAUUGAUAGAUAUUGACGAAACUUGGUGUGUAAGUUGCUUAUGUGAAGAGCUAGCUUGGGAUUGCUUUUAAGUGGGGAGGGGCUAAGGUCAAGGUCACUAUUACUUAAAAUAUAAAAAUGGUCAAGGUCACUGUAACUUAAAAUAGAAAAAUGGUUUCUGCCCAAUAACUUUAGUUAGCAUUGACAGAUAUUGAUGAAACUUAGUGUGAAGAUAGCUUAUGCGAAGAGCUAGCUUGGGAUUGCUUUUGAGGGGGGUGGGGCUAAGGUCAAGGUCGCCUGUUACUAAAAAUAGAAAAAUGGUUUCUGCCCAAUAACUUUAGUUAGGAUUGAUAGAUAUUGACGAAAGUUGGUGUGUCGGUAGCUUAUGUGAAGAGCUAGCUUGGGAUUGCUAUUGAGGGGGGAGGGGCUAAGGUCAAGGUCACUGUUACUUAAAAUAGAAAAAUGGUUUCUGCCCAAUAACUUUAGUUAGCAUUGACCGAUAUUGAUGAAACUUGGUGUGUAAGUUGCUUAUGUGAAGAGCUAGCUUGGGAUUGCUUUUGAGUGGGGAGAGGCUAAGGUCAAGGUCACUAUUACUUAAAAUAGAAAAAUGGUCAAGGUCACUGUUACUUAAAAUAGAAAAAUGGUUUCUGCCCAAUAACUUUAGUUAGCAUUGACCGAUAUUGAUGAAACUUGGUGUGUACAUGUAGGUAGCUUAUGUACAGAGCUAGCUUGGGAAUGCUUUUAAGGGGGGUGGGGCUAAGGUCAAGGUUGCCUGUUACUAAAAAUAGAAAAAUGGUUUCUGCCCAAUAACAUAAGUUAGCAUUGAUAGAUAUUGGUGAAACUUAGUGUGUAGGUAGCUUAUGUGAAGAGCUAGCUUGGAAUUGCUUUUGAGUGGGGAGGGGCUAAGGUCAAGGUCACUAUUACUAAACAUAGAAAAAUGGUUUCCGCCCAAUAACUUUAGUUAGGAUUGACAGAUAUUGAUGAAACUUGGUGUGUAGGUAGCAUGUGAAGAGCUAGCUUCGGAUUGCUUUUGAGUGGGGAGGGGCUACGGUCAAUGUCACUGUUACUUGAAAUAGACAAAUGUUUUUUGCCAAAUAACUUUUGAUAGCAUUGAUAGAUAUUGAUUAAACUUGGUGUGUGGGUAGCUUAUGUAAAGAGCUAGCUUGGGAUUGCUUUUGGGGGGAGCGUCUCUUUUCGAUAAAAGUAAAGAUAAAGUCAUACAACAAAUUAAUUGGCUAUAAUUUCUGAUUGCCCAUAACAAAAACCUGGUUUCGUCGCAUUGCGGCGCUUCUAGUUUGCAUUUAUUGUUGGAGAAUCUGUUUUUCAAAGUAAAACAUUCAUAUUAUCACAGCCUUGUAGUCAACAUUGAAGUCGGGCACUUCCUAGCUGCCUAUGUGCCAGUACGCGGCUGAAUCUAAAAAAAUCUGAGUGAUUGUCCUUGGACGUCCGAAAAAAAUGCAAAAAUAUCAAAGUUGGCCAUAUCUCAGAGGAGCAUAAAGAUAUUCACAAGGAACUUUUUACACAUGCUACCAAUGACAAUUCACAUGUUAGCAAGGCCCAUAACUCUAGUUUUAUUUGAUUAAAUAACUUAUGCCCCUUGAUCAUCUGAAAAUGUUGUGAACUUUUUUUGGCUAUAUUUAAAAAGUGGUUCAACCCAUUUACAUGAAACCAAUGUAAAUAUGCAUAUGUGAAGCAAAGCCACAUAACUUGGCCUUUAUAAUUGUUGAGUUAUGCCCCUUUAUUGACCUAAAACAGACUAGUAUUGGCACCUGCUUGCAGUGUUUUGUUGUUAAUUCAAGUAAAACUGUAGAGAAUGCUUACAACAUUACAAUUUUGUUAAAUUUUCUUUAUUAUUACUAUAUUGCAAGACUUUAAAGUAACUCGCUCAUGGUUUGUAAAAUGCACAUUUUUUUUUAAUUACAAUAUAAAGUGUGGCAAAUUAUAAAGAGUGUUAAAACAAAAAUACCAAAAGCUGGAACCCUUAAUAUUUUCUUGACUUUACUGGCGUGGGUUUGAACCCCACCAACUCCAAAAUACUUUUUUAUGCUAUAACUGUAUUUUUAUCUGCAAUUUCGAUAUCAUAGAGAAAAAUAAUAAAAUAAGUGUUUUCUGAUGCAUUACAUGGAAAACUAAUUUUUAGUCCAAAAACAUGAGGGAUUCACUUUAAGUUAUUGUCUUUUGUUAAGAUUUUUUUAUUGGUAUUGUAUUCAGAAACUAUUUUGAUGAUUUCAAUACUGAUAAGGUUAAAGUUUGGUUAUUUAUCUUGUUAUCUUGGGACAAUUUUUGUGUUUUCACAGAUCCUUUAGUGCAAUAUCGAUAUUUGUCUACAAAAUAUGUGACUGUCUCUUUGAAUAAAU